GGAGACCUGCUCGACGCGAUAUUUCACAGCGAAUGCGCGUAUUUAUCUAAAUUAGUGCUUUUAUAUAUAUUUUUUUGUAUUUGUAUUUCGACCCGAGAGGGAGGAGGACGUUUAUACCAUGGCAGCGGUGGCUGUACUGCGGAAUGAGACACUCCAGGCUUUUCUCCAGGAUCGCACCCCGAACUCUUCUCCAGAGAACUGCAAGCACUCUCCGCUGGCUCUCCUGGCUGCCACUUGUAACCGGAUCGGCCAUCACCACGGGUCGAACCCCGCCGAUUUCCUCCAGGUCCCUUACGACCCGACGCUGGGCUCCCCUUCGCGUUUAUUUCACCCGUGGACUAACGAGGGGACGCCUCAGGGCAGCCUAGCCGGAAACUCCACUUUCGGACUAUCGUCCAAGCCCCAGCUUUCCGCGCACAUCCAGAGCUCCUUCAGCUCGCACCACGAACUGCCCCUCACCCCCCCGGCGGACCCCUCGUACCCCUAUGACUUCUCCCCCGUGAAGAUGUUGCCCUGCUCCAUGCAGUCUCUGCAGUCCUCCUGUCCUCCCACGUACGUCCCCGCCGUCAGCUACGCGGCCCCAGCUCCCAUCCCGUCCGCGAUGCCAAGUUUCGUCACGGGACCCUCCGGCCUCGUGCACCAGCAGCAGAGACAGUUGUCCCCGAACCCCGCAGAGGACAUCCCGUGGUGGAGCCUCCAGCAGGGGAACCACGUCACCCACUCGUCCUCCCUCGGUCCACACCGCUUCCAGCUGCAGAGGGGCUUGGUCCUCGGGCACACGGACUUCGCGCAGUACCAGACGCAGAUCGCGGCGCUGCUGCACACCAAGUCCCCGCUCGCGACCGCGCGCCGGUGCCGGAGGUGCCGGUGCCCCAACUGCCAGUCGUCCACGUCCAGCGACGAGCCCGGCAAGAAGAAACAGCACAUUUGUCACAUACCGGGCUGCGGGAAAGUUUACGGGAAGACGUCUCACCUGAAGGCGCACCUGCGGUGGCACUCCGGGGAGCGUCCGUUCGUGUGCAACUGGCUCUUCUGUGGCAAGAGUUUCACCAGGUCGGACGAGCUGCAGAGACACCUGAGGACUCACACGGGGGAGAAGCGCUUUGUUUGCCCGGACUGCUGCAAGAGGUUCAUGAGGAGUGACCACUUGGCGAAACACGUCAAAACUCACCAGAACAAAAAAACCAAGUGCCACGACAAGACACUGGACCACGUCAAGAGGGAGGACACGAGGAAUAUGUUGUAACACGCUCUGUAGUCACGUUAAAACAGUAGAAAUCACGGGUGCAAUACAGUCGGUCCCACGUUAGUUUAAGUACUCAGUGAGCUGCAUUCUUAGAGGAUACUUUUUAGUUUCGUCGGUAUUCCUACAUCUUGAGGAUAGUCCCUAACAUUGCUGGUCUGUGUAGCACAUUUUUGUAUAUAUAUACAUAUAUAUAUAUAUAUAAAGUUCCAUAAGUUAAUUUGGGACCAUGGAGAAGUUAAAGAUCCCAAGUUUGAAUUCACUGUCUAUAUCAUGUCAAGGAAGACAAGUUUUCAACUUGUUUUUUUGGCCAUUGUCUUCGGUGGAAGAUCUCACUCCGCUGUAAAGUUUAUUUAAUAGCUUUUGUUGAAUGAAAGUGUCAGUUUUUUGCUCCAUAAGGGGUGUUUUUAAGCAUGCUCUUGAAAAGAUCUGCUAUUGUUGAUAUGACCCAAAUACUGUGUAAGAAUAAAGAUUAUAACAUUUUCCUGAA